CGGGGGGGGGGGCCCUAUUGGACGCCAUGCAGGAAGAUUGUUGAUGCUAUCUCUCUCGUUUCUCGUUGGAGGGGAAAGGGGCGCAGGCGGCAUCCCCGCGGGAUCCCCCAGGACACCAAUUCUGAUACUCUCCCUCCUUCUACUUCUGCUUGCAUCUAUCGAAUUUGUGCCCUCCCGUCCCCUGCCCUCGAUCACGGGGAAUUCAUAUGCACGGCCUAUUCGAAGCACACACGCACACUUCCACACUGUAUUCUGCCCCUCCGCCCAUUCUGCACAACCAGUAUGUGGCGUCUCAAAUUGGGGUGAAUUUUAGUGUUGGUGGGUGGUGUGUUUUGGAUUUCUGAGUUUCCGAGGGCGGUGGGUGGGUCUGGAGCCAUGGCUAUGGUGGUGCGUCCCACCUCCUGCUUCGCAAGUGUGACAGGCAUGGGGGGUUUUGCGGGACCUGCUGUGUGCGGCGUUGUAGACGGCGGAGCGGGAGCCUUGGCUAUGUCGUUGCCUUCCACCUCGGCGUUAUGGAAGGGUGGGGAGGGAAGCGCGGGUGGAUUUUCUUCUGGUGGAGUCAUGCGGAGCUGGUUUGCUGGCCAACCUGUGGAGCAAUCUGGAGUAGUUCGAAGGAGCCAGGGAUGGCAAGUCAAUGUAGCUGCUGAUCAUUCAGGGUCGAAACCCGAGGCUCACAAGCGAAGAGGAAAGUGGGGUUACCAUCCUUUGGAAGAAUUGACCAAGCACGAGAGGGAGGCAAUGCAAGCUGGCAAUGGACGCCCAUCCGAUGCUGAUAUUGCGAGAACCAUCACUGAGGUCAAUUGGAAGGCUGUUAUCUACGCUUCAGUUGUUACGAUCGAAGAUGUAGUUUUUGGAACAGAAGUUCAGUUCUUGGUUGACCAACAUGGGGAUUUUUAUUUUGAGAUGAACGACGACAACGAAUUUCUAUCAAAACUAUCCGAUUCUCAAACUUUCACGGUUAUGAUUGGUUUUGGUGCGAUGGAUGAAGUUCAAGUGUCUGAAAUGGCGGACGAUGGUAGUGAUGCUAUGGACGAUGAUGAAGAUGAUGAUGACAUACUCAUUGAAUUCAGUGAGGAUAGUGACGAUGAGUUCAACCCAGAAGAUGUUCCACCUCAGUUUUGGGAGGAGUUGGCAGGCGCUGCAGGAAGUCUUCAUGAUGGAUUAUCACCCGAGUCCAUGGGCUCCUUGGGUGGAUGGGGAGGCCCAGAGACAUUAGCUUGGGUGCACCCGUUGGAGUUUGCCAUUAAGCUCUCCCAGGCCGUAGCAACCGAUCACACUGAGGAAAUGAAUAAGCCACAAAAGCGGCUCACAAUAACAGGUGUUGUGAGAAGGGUCACUGAAGAAGAGGAGCCUUAUGUACAGUGUCUUUGGUAUGAUCGGUUCUGGUGGGAUGAAGAAGUUGAUGGUGAAGAAGAAGAAAUUUUGACUGGAGAGGAAGAGGUUAUUAAUGAAACAGAGAAAGAUAAGAGCGUGCGAAAUCGUUUGAAAGUUGUUAAUGGAGGACCUUCCUCAUCCAAACUAGGUGAAGGAAAGUCACCCCCAAGUGGUGGCACGCGAAGAACCAUGAGUAAUAGUGUCAGAGGAUCAACAGGGGUUUCUUCUAGCACUGAUGCGGGAACACAAGUUGGGUCAGUGACGGAAGGGAGUGAAGUAAAUCAAGUGGGUGAGAUGUUGGAAGGUGUAUCUGUGGAAGGAGGCGAGAGCGAAUGGGUAGAAGAUAGAUCUAGCUGGCAUGUGGGUACCACUUUCUACAAACUUGAAAUGCUCAGCAUGCAACUUGACCUAAAUUCAGGAUUGCAGAAAUCUAUAGAAAUACAAGAUUUUUGUAAUGGGCAACCAGACAUAUUGGCCCAUUCUGCUGCAGCAAUCAUGGAACGGGUUAAUCAAGGUGGGAGUAAGACUGAGCGAGCUCUCAAAGCAUUAUGUCGACGAGAACUUGGUCUAGAAGUUGAGGAAGCAAAGGUUAUUGGAGUUGACUUUUUAGGUAUAGACUUGCGAGUAAGCGCUGGCAUUGAGGUCCAAACUCUCCGUUUUCAAUUCAAUAGGAAGGCAACAUGUGAGAAAGUUGCAGAUCAAUUGAUAGACCAGUUGCUAUUUCCACGCCCAGGGCUUAAGCGACCGAGAAAGUCUCAACAGCCCCGUACUCCGAGGAGGUUUCAAACUUGAAACAGGCUCAGUUAACUUCGCCAAGUGUCGAACGUUAUUCUUCCAAUCUGCUCAAGUACGGUUACAAAGGAGGGUUGUUUGGCUGAAGCUUUGUGCAGGUUUUUUAGUCUCAUGUAGAGGGUAUUGGUGUUUUAAUAUGGGUAUUUGGAAGCCAUUCUAUCAGAUUGGCUUUGAACGUGACAUGCAAGCAGUCUCAUGUCUGCUUCUGAUCAGGUCAAAGCAGUUUGGGUAAAGUGCUUGCGUGCUCCAUUUAUGUGGAGCACCUGCGGUUUAUUAGAAACAAUAUCAUGUGGACUGGGUUGUCCAGGAUGCAUGAGACAUUUAUCCUCGAUCUGGCACAAUUGUAAUCCUGAACAGAAGACAUUCAUCAAGUGAUUGACGAUUGUUUCUCUCACUGGUGAUCUGUAGGAAUUCAGACUUUUGGAGCAUCCCCUAUUGAAGUGUGACAUUAACACUUUUUAGUAACUUACACCUCCCUUGUAAAGAAGCUUCUGAAAGGAAAGAGACUUUUGGAACGUUGACGUGCAAUCUUUAGGUUGUGCAACGUUCCUCACUGGGGCUUAGGUGUAGAAUUUCAUGGUUAGUGAUGCAAAAGUAUUCAGCUGGUUGAGAUUCUCCCCAAGCAUCUGUAGCUCAAUGUAGCUUUGUUUUUUUGCAUUUAAUCUCUUUCAUGAGAAUCACUUCUUAAUCAUGAUCAUAA